CAAAAUUCUCCAUUACUGGAGGAGACCAUAUUACGGAGCGUCGGAGGAUAUUAUUAUGAGAAACUACUCCGUAUUUGAUUUUCCAAUCAUCCCCUUAAUCUAUUUCGGAACUUUUAAAUUUUAAAAAUAAAAAAUAAAUAAAAAUUGGAACCGAAAAUUUUAACUAGGCAUCAUCGGGGACUAUUCGGGGUGAAGUUAAUUCGCUCCUGCAAGUUAAACUCCAUAGCUAUGGCGUCAUUCGGGAGGAAGCAAGGUGUAGCGAUGGUUACCAAUCUGUUGAAACCCCAUCUAAGACCCCCGGUCACCAGUUUCCCUUCCGGUUCGAGGAGUAUUAACGGCAGCGCCGCCGGCAUCGUUAGCAGCGAGAUCUUCACCUCUCACACUGCUAAAUGGAUGCAGGAUAUGAGCAAAAAAUCUCCAAUGGAGUUGAUCAAUGAAGUUCCGCCAUUGAAGGUGAAUGGCAGGAUUGCUGCCUGUGAAGGAGGUAUUCACAGAUACCAAUUCCUCUUGCUAAUCAUUUGUGAGAGUGUAUGUAUACUUUUUAUGUUUUGAAAUGUUCUCUCGCAAUGCAGAUAGUAACCCUGCACUUGGACAUCCAAUUGAGUACAUAUGCCUUGAUCUGGAUUCACCCGCGAUUUGCAAGUACUGCGGCUUACGUUAUAUCCAAGAUCACAGUGGUCAUCACCAUUGAGAUGCUGAAAAUCAACCAUUUUUCUUCUUAUGCAACUGCCCUAAUGAAACAGGACUGCGUCCUCUUAUCAACUGUGGACUGCGAACCUCUUUUUAAUACUGCAAAUGGAUGGUGGCCGUCUGUAAUAACAACUAUAUUAUGUCUUUAUGAACAUGAAUUGUUGUGUUUAAGUGAAUAUUUUAUUACUAUGUGGAUGAGAACAGUAGAGUUCAAUUAUUUAGUCGAACAUAAAAUGGAAAUGAAUCCUUAAGGGGCUGUUUGACUCGAUCCAAAUGAAAAAUGUUUGAUUGCAGGGAUGUGCUUGGUUAAAACAGUUGGAAACUUGGAAUGUGUCAUGAUCUAGUCCGGUUGGAGGUUAUCUUUUACUAACUAUAAUGCAAUAAUUAUCUUUAAU